AUGGCAGACACUCCCUUCUCCAAUUAUGAAGAACAACCAGAAUUCUCUGAAAAAUCAUCUAUCAAAAUCAAGAAAGUUGAAAUUGUUGUUGCCUUUAAAAAAAUGAUGAAAGAUCUUCUUGCAGAAGGAAAAGGUAAAGAACAUUACUAUGAAGUAUCUAAACUUGCUAAGACAAGUCAUAUUAGAUGUCAAUUUUCGCCUACUAGUUGUGUAUUGCAGGAUCUUAAGGACAACAUCACCAUAGGAACUGGAGAACUAUCUCAAAACUUGUACUUGUUUGAAAAUGUAGGAUCUAAAUCCGGUGCUGUGAUAUCUGAACCCGAGAGGUUCAGACGGCUUAUUGGGCGUUUGAUUUAUCUCAGUUUUACGCGACCCGACAUUGGUUUUAGUGUACAACAGUUAAGCCAAUACAUGAAUCAACCCUUACAAAUUCACUGGGAUGCAACCCUUCAGGUUGUGCGAUACUUGAAAGGGACUCCUGGUUUGGGGUUGUUUUAUCCUUGUGUAUCUAACAAUCUACUUGAGAGCUUUUCAGACGUAUAUUGGGCUACUUGCGCUGAUAGCCGACGAUCAGUCACAGAAGCUUUUGAACUUUUUGAUGAUAUGAGAACUAAAAGCAUUCUGCCUACCCUUUUUAGAUACUCUUCCUUAAUUCACGGGUUUUGCAAUAUUGGCAAAGUUGAAGAUGCGAAGAAUCUAAUUAUUGUAAUGAGGAAGGAGGGACUGUUGCCGAAUGUGGUUUGUUAUACAGCUUUUAUAGGAGGUUAUUGUAUGCUAGGUCAGAUGGAUCAAGUGAGAAAUGUGUUGCAUGAGAUGUUGUUUUAUGGCAUUCAUCCGAAUAAGAUCACGUAUACUGUCAUGAUCGAUGGAUACAGCAAGAUAGGGGAUACUAGGGAAGCAAGGAAAUUACUUGCUCAGAUGAUGGUUAAAGGAAUUAUCCCCCUCUGA